CACUGUCUGUGUCUCACAGUGUGUCACAGUGUGUCCCAGGGACAGACGCUGAGACACACCAGAGUGGACGGACAUGUCGGGGCAGCGUGUGUGUGUCGAGGACUUUGAGAGGGAAGCCAAGAAAGUUCUUCCCAAAGCUGUGUAUGAUUACUACCGCUCAGGAGCUGACGAGCAACACACACUGGCUGACAAUGUGGCUGCGUUUAAAAGGUGGUAUCUUGUCCCGCGGGUGUUGAGGAAUGUGUCCUCAGUGGAUCUCUCUGUCUCCGUGCUGGGACAGAAGCUUAGCAUGCCGCUCUGUGUUGCAGCUACAGCCAUGCAGAGGAUGGCUCAUCCUGACGGAGAGACAGCUACAGCGAGAGCAUGCCGAGCAGUGGGGACAGGGAUGAUGCUGAGCUCCUGGGCCACCUCCACCAUAGAGGAAGUGAUGUCAGCAAUGACCACCUCGGCAGGCGGCGUCCUGUGGCUGCAGCUCUACAUCUACAAAGACCGAGAGCUCACACUGUCAUUGGUCCGCCGGGCAGAGGAGGCGGGCUACAAGGCCAUCUUUGUUACCGUGGACACGCCAUACCUGGGGAGGAGAGAUGACGACAUGCGCAACGCUUUAAACUGCCCUCGCACCUCCAGCAUGUCUAACUUCUCAUCAGCCUCCCUGGCGUUCUCUGAGGGAAACUAUGGCAACGACAGUGGUCUGGCGGUUUAUGUUGCAAAAGCAAUAGACCCCACUCUGUGCUGGGACGACAUCACAUGGCUGAAAAAACACACGCGCCUUCCUGUGAUUGUGAAAGGAGUACUUAAUGGUGAGGAUGCUGUCCAAGCUCUAAACUACGGUGUUGACGGCAUCCUGGUGUCCAAUCACGGAGCUCGACAACUGGAUGGAGUUCCUGCCACGCUGGAUGUGUUGGAGGAGGUGGUUAAAGCUGUGCAGGGACGCUGUGAUGUCUACAUGGACGGAGGAGUGCGGCGAGGGACAGACGUCCUGAAGGCCUUAGCUCUGGGAGCCAAGGCUGUGUUCAUCGGUCGACCAGUGCUGUGGGGCCUCGCCUGCCAGGGGGAGCAGGGAGUUACUGAGGUUCUGGAACUGCUAAAGGAGGAGCUGCGACUGGCUAUGGCCCUGUCAGGUUGUCGUUCUGUGUCGGAGGUGAGCAGGGCUCUGGUCAGGAGAGAGUUCUCCAGGAUGUGAGAGAAGAAUCAGUCAUACAUUCACGCUGGCUCACUGCUCAUUCAUUUGCCAAAUUCAUUUCAUUUCUUUUUUGUAUUUAGGCUUUGUUUGUUAAAUAUCAUCAAAUCUGAUGUAA